GAAGCGCUGCACCGCGCGAGGUUCUUGACGGGAUAAGAAAUGUAACCAAUAUAAAAGUAGCGAUACUUUGUAGCCUACCAGUGCAUAACACUGUAUGCUUGCGUCUCACAUUGAGCCGUCAAGAGGAGUAUAGCCUAGAACCAGAGCUUCGCGGGGCACUGCGCUACAACAAGGUUACUGAAGUACAGCCAAAGAGAAGAAAAUCGGAGAAAUAUACACAUGAUGGACCGCCCGGACUGUGGCAACUGAUACACAUUGCUCCAGUUUAGUGAUGCCAUCGAUGUCCAACGUCGUGGUAAGCCUUUCCAAGUGAAGGGACAGAGCGAAUUUAAUUUCAUUGGCAGCUAAUGUCCACAGUAGCCUAUUCACAGUCAAGUCUUGCCCUUUGCAGUGAAAUUCCGGUGGUAAAUUGGGAAGCAUCCGUAUCCGGACACAGGAGAGGAAGGAUUUCAGCGCCACUAUUCUAAAACAUAAAGGAGCCCAUAUUAGAUCUGGAUCAAUACAUCUCAUUAAUAUUUUACAACGACAUGAGAAAGAACACAUCUCCUGCUUAAUAAGAUGUAUCCACACCAUCGAGAAAGGGAGCAACCGAUCUUCAGCGCCAGGGCCCAUGUGUUCCAGAUCGACCCGAACACCAAGAGGAACUGGAUCCCUGCCAGUAAGCAUGCCGUCACCGUCUCCUUCUUCUACGACGGCAACAGGAAUGUGUACCGCAUCAUCAGCGUGGGCGGUACCAAGGCCAUUAUCAACUGCACCAUUACACCCAGCAUGACGUUCACCAGGACCUCGCAGAAGUUUGGCCAAUGGGCGGACAGCAGGGCCAACACGGUCUACGGCCUGGGCUUCGCUACAGAGCAGCAGCUGCAUCAGUUUUCUGAGCGGUUUAAGGAGGUCAAAGAGGCUGCCCGUCUUGCACGCGAAAAGUCCCAGGAUAAGAUGGAGUUGGCCAACACAGCCCUCAGCAUUGCUGCCCCACAGGACCUCAGCGAUGAGCUCCAGUCGCCGCCGGUGAUGUGUGUGAACGGUCCUGAGGACAAGAUGUUCCGGAGCCAAAGCGCAGAUAUCACACUGUCUUCUGAGAAGGAGCGUAUUAAAAAGAUGCUUUCUGAAGGGUCUAUCUGCGAGAUGAACCUGGAGGCAGAGCUCUUCACCCUGCAGGACAGUAACUCCAAGCUGGUGGCGGCGCUACAUGAAGCUAACAAUAACGUGGAGCAGUGGAAGAAGCAGCUAGUUGCCUACCAGGAGGAGACCGAGAGGCUACGAGACCAGGUGGCUGAUCUGGAGGCACAUGGCGGACACGGCCCUAGUGACAUGCUCAAAGAUGAGUUGACUCGUUCUCUGGAGGAACUGGAGGCCCUGCUCAAGGCUAAAGAUGAGGAAAUCCACAUUCUGCAGAACAAGAAAGAAGAAUACCAUGAGAUGGAGCAGGAGAGAGAAGAGGCCAUACACCGAUUACAGGAGAUGGAGAUGCGUAACCUGGAGCUGGAGCGGCGGGUGCAGAACGUGGAGCAGAACCUGUCCGCCUCCCUGGAGGAGCGGGACCGCACGGAGAGUGAAGUGCAGAGGGCCAUCGAGAUCCUGGACGUCAAGAUCUUUGACCUGAACGACCUUCGGCAGAGCCUGGUCAAGCUCAUUGACAAAUAGUGUGAAAGAGAAGAGGAUGGGUCUCUUAGGGAUGGCCAAAUGCAAAGAGAGGAAUUUGGAAAAGAGAACGAGCUGGUCCUCUCUUGCUGUAAAGCACAACACCACUUCUGCUGUAGGAAGAUGGCUGCUCUGGGUCCUUACAGCAGCAGCAGAAUCACUGUACAGCUUGUUAAGCGUAGGUUGUGGUGUUACCUAGGCAGUGUGUCUGCUAUGUCCGAUGUUGUGCUGUAAUUCAUGUUGCUGUCUUAACAUUCAAGGCAAUAAUCUAAAUGCUAGACUGUUCAUUUGAGAUUAGGAAUAUUGUCAUGAAUGAGAACAAUAAGGAGAUCUUUAGGUGCUUGUAGAUAUAGUUUUCAUACUUUUGAAAUCAACUGAUUUUAUAAAAAAUUGGGAAUGUAAUGCUAUAAUGAGCAACGUGGAUGAUCUGUUAAUUCUCCAGUGAGAUGAGAUAAAAAAUGGUUUUGAGAGAUCUUUCAGUGCAACCAAACUAUGUAUUUGGAAAGAAGCAGUACACAAUGCAGAAAAUAGAUUUUUUUAAAUGUAAAUGUGGUUGACAGCUAUCACCUCAUCAUCUGAGCAGUUAGUGAAAGUGUCAAGAGGCCGAAGGUUAUGCCGCCGCAGUGGAGUUGACCUGUGACAUGUUAAUGAUUCAUGUAUCCAAUAAACUAAAACGCAUGCGUCAAAGAAUGAGCGAUCUGUAAAGAAACAAGGAUUCACUGUACUGUUUUGACACGUCAGCCGUCUCCGGGUUUGAGUUGUAGAUAUAGAAAUGUUGGUACCAUGGCAUGCUGGUAGUAGUGCGAUACAAGAGGUAUGAAGCAUGAGGGUAUCUUGAAUUCCUGUGAAUGCUCCAUCCAUCUAAGAACUAAAGACACCAAAGAGAGUUGAGUUCUCAAAGUAAGAGCUUUCGAAAGCUUGACUCAGCUUCUCCUGUGUUCAUAGAAUGUUAAACUAAAGCUUAGAUUAGUCCUGGUAAUUAGGUAGAUGAUUUAGGCGAUAAGAAUUACAUGUAAGUGCUUGCUCUUGCAAUAAAUCAAUGUAUAAAUUAAGAUUUGAGCGGUUGUCUCUAGCCAGAUUGUCCAGUAAUGAGAUUUAAUUGAUAGAAAUGUAUCAUUGACACUUGAAUCAAUUCAUCUGAUGGUGGUUAUUUCCCUCCAGCAUCUACCAGUAAUAGCAGUAGGUGGGCCUUAAUGUUUAGCUUAGAGACAAUACUAUAUGCCUUAUGUGAGUGGCUGUAUUUGUAUUUACUGUUAAAGAAUGCCUGAUGAAAUUGCAAGUUUAAUUGCACAUAUAUUUAGAUCAAGGCACACAAGUGGAGCAAAAUGUUGCAUUUUUAAUGAGCAUUGUUCAAAGAAAUUGUCAAAAAAAAUAAAGGACAUGGAAUAAUCAGAAAAUUUGCCUUGUUCUGUAUAGUAAGUCAAGGUUUAUGGCAG